AGGCAUUCGCGGAAUGUAAACCGUUGUUUGAUUCAAGCAUCAAGUGUUUUUUGGUUAACCAGUGUUUUUGAACGUGCUACCAAGAAAAGUUUACGUGUUUAGGUAGUAAUAUAGAGCAAAAUGGAGAACACUUCUGGGUGGUAUCUAACAAGACUGUUCCAAAGUGAAUUUAAAACUAUUAUUAUUCCUAAAAACGGAUGCAUAGAGAUUGGACGAGAUAACCCCAACUCAUGCAUUAAAAUUCCUACGGCCGAAUUUAAACAUGUAUCCAGAAAACACUGCAUUCUUGAGUACAGUCACGGCGAACCGACAAUCAUCGACAGAUUUUCUUCUGGAGGUACCUACGUUCGUGAUACAAGAUUGUCAUCGAAGCGACCCGGAAGCAUGGUUUUGAGGGAGGGAGAUUUGGUCGGUAUCGGGACGCAUAACAACGAUACGGACGAUUUCUACAAAAUGAGCCCCCAGGUUCUUUUCUACCGAGUCUGUAGGACUCCGGUAGCAGAGAACCUAAUCGUCAUCAGUGACGACGAGGAUAGCCCAGUGGUCAUGGAAAACAACACACACAACGCUGCUGAUGCAAAAGCGAUUCCGGUCAGUUCUACGUCUCAGGAAGAGAUUGAGCAUCAACCUGUUACACCUGCGGCUGCUCUGCCUUCAGCAAUGUCAAUGAUUGAGGACUGGGAAGAAGCCGGGGGUCUGGUAGCAAUACCAGAAGAACGACUGGAUAAGUUAGCCGAUUGUUCUUGGGAAGAAGAAUACGAUCGCAUGCUCAUCGAGGCACGGAACACGGACCAUAACGCUAACAACCAGCCAGCGGACGAGGACGAUGUGGAGCCAGACUAUACGAAUUCAAUUUGGGGAGAUAUAAAACCGGAAGUAAUUGAAAUGAGUGAACAGCUCGAGGAAGAAGAGGAGCGCAACGAGGAUUUAAUGCACGAAGCGUUGUUGGAUCAGACCGAUGAAGAACACAGUUAUAACCGGUGGAAGCUGAAGUUGGGUAAAGGAGACGUCAAGAUAGACGCUGGCAAGGCAUCAACUGCGGCUCACAAAUUAGCUGCUCCGAAUCGAGAUGUAAACAGGGAUGUAGAGAAGAGAUCAACUGCUGCUCCCGAAAUAGGCAUAGCGAUAGACGUGGGGAGGGCAUCAACGGCUGCUAUCAAAGCAGCUGGACCGGAAAGUCCAGUUUGCCUUGACAAGGGUCCCAGCACAUCCGGUUCCCACGCAGCGUCAUCAGAGAGUUCUGGUGGUGAGCGUUCUCAAAAGCCGGCGAUGCCAAAGCGUAGAGCAUCGGUAAUUGAUUUUAAUAUUUUUGAAAAUCCUGUGCCUGUUUUAAACAAAGAAAAAGAUUCUCCGGCGAAGGCUAUGCCAAAACGCCGAGCGUCAAUUUCUAUUUCGGAAUAUGACACCAUCAUAAAAAAGAAGCUAAAGCGCCGUUGCAGUGUUUCGGAUAGAUGUCCGGUAAAAGCUGCUGCAAAACCAAUAGAUGCUUGGAAAAAAGAGGAAAGAUCUAAUCGGUUAAAGCAAGUCGCUGUGAAUGAGAAACAAUAUUCGGCGCCUACUGUAGAGCUAACGAAAACUGGAUCAACAAAACCACGCGUCAAGUACACUGAGAAUAAUCGUGGUGUCUUCUUGACCGCACCCGUUGUGCCGAAACCAGUGCCACGUUCUCGUCCCACGGAUGGGGAAGAUAUCGUUUGCACUCAGUCAACCAUGCUGGAAGGAAUGCGAAGUGCGACCAUUGAUGAUGAGAUUCCAGAUGCCUAUGCCAUGCGUCCAGCCAAACUUACUUUUAAGAGUGUGGAGCGACUAAGUAAUGUAGGGCGCCCAGUGCCGGCAAGUGCUGCUGGGCGUGUUGUCACAAUACCACCGAGACGCGGGUCCAUCACCGUGAUUGAGCCUCCACCUGUUCCAUCGAAGGUAGCGAAAAAAAACCAAACGGGGCCACAGCCGAAACCAACGUCGUUGACAACAAACAACCCCGCACGAUCAACCACGAUGGCCCCGCCACCAGCGAAACCACCAUUGAAACCAUCAUCGACGUCAACAAAGACCAGUGUACAACCAACCACGAAAGGACCGCUAUGGAAACCAUCAUCUUCAUUAUCGUCAUCACUUAAGCCAGUUAAAAACCCUGCAACAAAGGGCAUUUUAAAACUUCCAACCGGGCGGCCGAAUAAAUCAUCGAAGACUGUCAAAUUUAUAGAAUCACCUACGACGUAUAUCGUGCCCCGGUACCUAAUGGACUGUUCAGGCGUAGAUUUACCGAAAAAUCUCCCAGAAAUAUUGCGCUACAGAGAAAUGGUCGUGCUGUCGGACAUACUGCGCUGGCGUGUCGAGUGGUUAGAGUCCACCGAUGGACCAUUUGGUGCAAAUAGCAUGCUGCCGCAGAUUGUGGAGACGUUUCCGGAGCUACAAUCAUUCCAAGAAACACUGCACCUAAUUAUGAUGCGCGAGCUGUGGCAAGAUGUUCGAUCGCGAUAUUCCAGCAUCAAGACGACGCUACCGUUGACGGAAUUAGUUGAUGUAUACGCCCAGGAGAUCCCUCACCAAAUGUGCCAAAUCACGUGUAAAGCUCUUAUAAAAAUAAAAUCCAAGCCUGAACCAUGGGGCUCCGAAAUAGGAAUACUCUUCUAUGCAUCUCAAAAGAGGCAAUGUACUUGUCGUCUGUUUGCGUACGUCAGCAAUCGGCACCGUGGAAGUCCUGGAUCGUCUUGUAAAAAGCCUGGCGCACCGCCAACGGUAGGCGGUGAUUGGCAGUGGUAUGAUGUCGUCAUGUACGCGGCGCUCACUGAGCUGGAAGAUUUACGGGCAGGCGGCAGGUUUAGCUUUUGUCCGAUUACCCCACUAUCGCCGUACUUACGCUACGUGAAGGCACUGAACAUGCUCGAGUAUUCGCGUUUGUUGCCGAAUGUUCUUUCACCCGCGGAACACAACGGUGUACUGGUGGAACCGGGCAAAGCAUUCGCUGACCGGCCGGAGGUGCGUGAUGCCAUAGUCGCCCGUAUCAAACCGGGCAUGCUGAACAAGGUCCAGCUGGAUGUGGUGCUUUCGAUGCUGGACGAGUGUUCGCGCUGGGACGAGCCAAGCAUCUCACUCAUUCAGGGACCGCCUGGAACGGGGAAAUCGCGUGUCAUCGGUCACCUAGCACUCGAGUUGAUUAUGCUUGAGCCAUGCCGAAACCGGGUGAAGGUUCUCAUCUGUGCCCAGUCCAACACUGCAGUGGACGUGAUCGCUAAACGUCUCAUCGCUCUGAAGCACACCAUUGGUAUGAAACAUCGGUACAAGUUGUUACGUAUAGGAACCCGAGACAAGGUAGAUUCAAAGUGCCUUCCAAUUUUUUUCGAUAACCUAGUUAAGCAAAGCCGCCGGGCCCGACUGAACGAGCAGCUCAGUCAGACUUCGGGAAAGGUAGUAAUGUCUCCGGAGAGGAGGUAUCAUGAGGAAAUAAGACAACGUAAGAGGAUAAUUGAUCAAGCAUCCAUAGUAUGCACCACGCUAGGUAGUUGUACCGCGCUGGCAACGCACUUCGCAGAUGAUAAGUACGACGUCUGCAUAAUCGAUGAGGCCACGCAGUGCACCGAGUUAUGUUCACUUUUGCCACUGAUGUAUGGCAUGCCCAAGCUGGUGCUAGUGGGUGACAUUAAUCAGCUGCCCGCCACUGUGCUGGACCGCGAAUCCGUCAAAGCCGGUUUCCGUCAGUCGCUGUUCUCUCGUCUGCAGGGUGCAUGUGGCGAAAAGCGCAUCCGGACGCUGAACGUGCAGUAUCGGAUGCAUCCUGAGAUUUGUCGGUGGCCAAACGGUUACUUCUACAAACGGCAGCUCAAAACCGCUCAAUCGACGCUCGCACGGAAGCCGUUCCCACUGAAACCGUACCUCGUUGUAAGCCUCAGCUACGACCAAGAACUAACUCAGGUCCAGCACGAGAUUUAUAAUCGAAAUGAAAUAGACUUCGUCGUUGGCCUACUGAAGAACGUAGUGAAAAACUGUCCCAAGGAGACGACCAUCGCCUGCAUUACGCCGUACCAGCGGCACAAGGCGGAACUUUUAGAGCAGGUGCAUCAGCGGAAACUGAGACAGGUUCAGGUGCACUCCAUCGAUUCGGUACAGGGUAAAGAGUAUGAUGUAGUUAUCGUUUCUCUGGCCCGCUCGAACGGGACCGGCUUUCUCAACUCAGCAGAACGAAUCAAUGUCGCCCUAACCCGCGCACGAUACUGUCUAGUUUUGUGUGGCAAUUUCUCCUGCCUUAGGCAACAGCCAGUGUGGAGGUCUGUGCUAGAAGAUGCAGAAAAGCGUCAGCUUUAUAUGCAUCUCAUAAGUGUCGACAUGGAGGCGGAAAUACUCAGAGUGUCGCAGCGUUUGAUGCAAAAAAUUGAAUCAUCAAAUAGUUCGAAAUCACACUCAUCAGGUGUAUAACUAUUUCUCUCCUACAGGAUAAAACCAAGUUUGUGUUUAUUCCUGUAUGAUCGGUAAAUAUUUUCUUAAAACUUAGCAAAGCAAAGUUGAAGUUGAAAUGCUUUGACCACUAUUUCGCAAUUUUUCUCACUUUUUUUUUAAAGUUACCGCGAUUUGAAACACUACAGUGUGUUCGCUUAACCCAACAAUGUGUUCGUUUUAUUCGAAUACUAAUACCGAAUAAGUUGAAAGAAUCGCUUUUUUUUACUAUUUUUACUUAGAAACCCCUUAAAGCGAAGAAAUGCAAGACUAAAGAAGCACACCAAACACAAAACUACUCCAGAACUGCACUUGUACUCAAAAAAAGAACGUUACUCAGGUGCAGCUAAGGUGUAGUAUAUUAUAUUACACUGUUUUCAGGGCCAUUUCGUUCGCAUCAAGCUGCUCUUUGCCAGUAGUAGGCAGUGAAUUGCACACGCAAGGUUUUUGUUUGGCAUCGUUAGAAACCAGUUUGGGUUUGUUAAGUUUAACUUUGCCGUUAGCGGUAGCAACAUUGGUUCGACAACAACGCGACCUUUUCUCGUCGCGCCAAUGUUGCUACCGAUAACGGCAAAGUUAAACUUAACAAACCCAAACUGGUUCCUAACGAUGCCAUACAAAAACCUUGCGUGUGCAAUUCACUGCCUACUACUGGCAAAGAGCAGCUUGAUGAGGACGAACUGGCCCUGAAAACAGUGUAUAGUAGUAGGGUAACUGUACCAAUAGUGGUGCACUUAGUACUGUAAAUACCAAUUAGGUGUAAUUUAUGAGUGUUAAGAAUACAAUAUUCUAUAUGUUUGUAUCAAUUAUGA